AUGCCGUUGUUCAAAACGCUACGUCGGCGUUCAAAGGCUAGCUUCACUCCUAGCAAAUUACCGGAGACCAAGUCCACAGAAUCUCAGUCUAAUGGCGAUGUAACUUCGGGACAAUCAUCAUCAACCCUCGAAACAGCUUCAUCCAGCUCCCUCACCCCGCCUUCCUCAAUCAAACCAACUCUAUCUUCACCAAACCUCCCGUCGUUGAGCGAAAGCCACAGCACAUCUGGCGCAAUAUCACCCCUUUCCGUGCCGCAGCAACGACCUGUUCCUCUGACAAGCUCGUCGCAGCGGAACAGCGCCUAUUUUGGUAGUACUAUGUCUGUGAAUGGAGUAGGACGGUCUCCCACACCUUCUUCCCCCUACGCUCCUCGCAUCAUCUCCGUCUCCGAUAACUCAUGGGUGCACCAUAAAGUAUUGCUUGUGUAUGGUCAAAUUGGAGAUCCUCGACAACACCCGCUGGACGGCACUGUCACGGUCUACCACCACCAAGAUAGCUUCCCGUCGACAUCAUGGCCGGUCACUUCCUCACACUUCAAGACUCUGGUGCAUCUGGUUCCGGGUCCCAAUCGAUUACGCUUUGAAUUUGUUUCAAGCAAGCACUCCUCGGGUAGCACUCAUCAAUCCGUUCAUUCAUCCUGGAUGUGCAUCAAUUAUCUCCCGCUGGUCAAUGCCCCGCCGCUGCAGCUCGUGAUCCUGCUCGGAAAGGACUCGGAUGGUUCCUUCGAUGUCCCACCGGAGAAACAACAACGGGAAGGAAACAGCCUCGAAACUGCUGUGCAAAAGUAUCGCAUGGCAGCAUACCUGUGGCAAGCAUUCACCGGGGAACAAAUGUACCGCAACAAUCUUGGACGGCGCUGCUUCCGGCUUGAAGAUGAGUGGCAGAUGGGUACAUCGAGUCGCCGCGAUGCAACGACCGGUCAGAUGCGCAAUGAGGCAAAGGUUCAUGUUGUUCGCACCGACAAGACCGUCGCGGAACUCCGGGAUCUCAACAUUGCGCAGCAGAAUGGCUCCGCUACUCAAAAGGAUGAGUUAUUCCGUAUUGCGGCAGAUGCUGUUAGGGAUUACUUUCACCUCCAGCCUGGUCAGAAGCAGUAUGUCUCCGUGUUGCUGCUUGAUUCACACUGGGACACGGGCUCCCAGGUGAUCACUGGUCAUGCUGCCCUCGGCUCGGACUCUGGAGAUCUCAAGCUUGCGAUUUUCGGCUCCCACAGCCUCCACAGCUACCCGUCCAACAUGGAAGAAGUCGUGGACGCCUUUUCUGAUUGCACCAGGACCAAUACUGAAUUUGUGGCUAAUGAUUGCGGGGAGGCUGGAUCCAGUUGGGAAGCUGCCAAUAUCGGUAUCGGAGCCCAUCUUCAUGAGGUUGGUCACCUCUUUGGGUGUCCACACCAAGAGUCGGGAAUCAUGCUUCGCGAUUAUGUUCGUCUCAAUCGGACCUUCCUUACACGCGAGCCGUUCUCCACCCGAACCAAGACUCAGGGUCUCAAAUUGUGCUUGCCCCAGGAUGAAUGCGGCUGGCAUCGACUUGACGUCCUGCGGUUCCGUUUCCACCCAUGUUUCCGACUACCCAGCGACGCCCCUAUAGGUUCCGAUGACAGUGUUCAGGUUUGGCCCGUCGAAAAUGGCAAGAUUGUGCUCACAGCCCCAUCGGGUAUUGCGUUUAUUGAACUUUAUGCUGAAGGUGACAACGUUUGUCACAACUUCAUCGAGUAUCUGAACAGUGAGUCGAGCGGCAAUGGGCUUCCCAGGCAGGUCAUCGUGACGGAGAGUGAAUUGCGUCAACGUAUCUUCGGUAAUGAUAAGGAGAAGAAGAAGAACGUCAAAAUGAUCGUUUAUUCUGGAGCCUUGGGCAGUUACACCGUGGAAUCUAUCAGCACUUUGAAGUCGAAAUUAUCCUUGGUGAAACUUCCUAAGAGCCAUACCGGCUACAAGGGGAGACAGCUGGGACAGUCUCAGCUAGAAGGAAGUCAACCUGAGCAGCUAUUAUUGGAUUGCGCCUUUAUCUCAACCAAGCUUCUGACCUCGGUUCGGAUCUAUCAUGGUGCGGCAGUCAAUGGGCUUGAAUUCUUCUACGAGGAUGCUACGAGUCAGCUCUUCGGUAAUCGGGAAGGAAAACCUGGAGGUGACGACUUUGUGCUCGAUACCCGGAGGGGAGAGAUUCUGCUUGGUUUCUAUGUUCGCGCCGGUCACUGGAUUGACGCGAUCGAGAUUCUGACCAGCCAAGGGAGGAAAUCUGGCAUGUUUGGAAAUGCUCAAGGCGGAUCAGGGCACACCUUGAUACCUCCUCUGGGAUACAAAAUCGCCGGAAUCAUGGGUUCCAGCGGGCCUUGGAUCGAUGGGUUCUCACUAGUCAUUAUGCACUAA